UGUAAGAUCUGAACCUGUGGAGAACGCACCGUCUAUUGUUAAUAUCAAAACUAUUGUCACUAUCAGCAUCUUAAUCUGCAGUAUUGUCAUCAUCACUAGCGUUUCUAUUGUCAUUCCUCAAGUUAACAAGUGUCGUGUAUGACUAAGUGCCUGCUAAUAAACAAUAAACUGCGCAAUAUCUUUUUAUAUUAUCAGUGAUCAAGUUAUUAAACAGCACAUGCUAGUGGAUCUAGUAUCAAGACCUUGUCAAAGACGUUUCGGGCGCCACACACUCGCACGCGUCCAUCCACAUUUGGGCUACAAUCGAUUGACCACGGCUAAUCGAACCGAGGGUUGUCUAAGGCCUCAGGCGAAUUUGUCCCUUAAGAAUAUUUAAAGGAAAGCAAGCUAGCACGUAGAUAGACCAGCCCCAAACCCCAACCCCAUCUCCAACCCCAAGCCCAUUCCCUUAAUUGAUUAGACUUUCGGGUUAAUUGUCGUGGAAUGCUCUUAUCAAGUGACUGAGGGAUCGAAUGAGGAGUGAAGUGUACUGAGGGUGUGUGUUUCUGUUAAAAGCCUUUAAGGAAAGCUUGUUCGCUGGCUAGGAAUCAGGACCUUAAAAUGACCAUCGUCACUUUACGUCUGUCCAUCUGGGGAUUCAGUGUAUGUGUUAACGUUAAACGUUUGUUUGUUUAAGUGAUCUGUGAUUGUACUGUGGUUGUGAUUAUAUUUUUUAUUUAUAUAUAAAUAUAUCAAAUAAUUGGAAUAAAUAGAAAUAAUAAUAAUAAAAAAAAAAAAGUAAUAAACGAUGAGAAGUGAUCAGUGGUUUACGUAAAUGGUUAACUUACGCAGAAUUGUUGACGCCGUCAUUGCUUACCAAUGACCCAUAGACCGCGAGCGUGGGUGGAAGCAGCCCGGAAUUAAAGGAUCCACAAUCCGACGCACAGCAUGAGACUCAAGUCGACGCUGAGGGAGUUCCGGUGGAGACGAUAAUCGAAUGCACGGGGGAAUCCGGUGUUUGCUGAAGGGAGAGAUAUCUAAUCGACUAAGGAUGUCCUCUAAGAGGAAAUCGCCACCAACGAAGCUAUCGGAGGGCGGGGGCGGUACGGGAACAGUAGCGGGUGGUGAGGACGAGGAGGACACAUCAGUUACGGGUUUGGGUGGUGAAGGAAGUGAGGGUGAAAUAGAUAACAUUAUCAAAGAGGAACCAAGCCUUAAUCACCAUCUGCAUCAUCACCAGCAUUUGCAGCAUCAUAAUCAUCAUAAUCAACACAACAAUAAUCAUAACAUAACAGAAGACUGUGUGUAUCCACAUCAGAGGGAUUGUGAAUCCUCUGGAUGUUCAUCUCCAACGUUAAGUGAACCGGAAUUUCAAGACUCGCCAUCUCCGUCACCAAAUUCACCACCACCAACAAAACGACAGCGUCUCUGUUUGACUACGCAUCAUCAAGAGACUUAUCAUCAUCAGCAUCAUUCAUCACCACACCAGCAUUCAUCUCCAGGACAUCACCAUCACUCAUCACCGGGACACCAUCAUAGCACAAACACGUUAUCAGUCUCAAGCUUGGAACCUGCUAGCUCAUCAGAGUGUGGCUCGCCUCCAACGUUGCUAAACGAUCAGUACUAUCAUCACAACCCAAACCAGCUCCUGCACAAUAACAACAACACGGUCACUCAUAACAAUAACAAUACCAGCAAUAAUAACAACAACGGAACUGUUAACAAUUCAGCUGGCCCUCCGGGUACCAAGAGGUCAAUGGAUGACGUGCUAAAAAGGCUCACUUGUAAAAUGAACAGUGGAUCCCUCUCGCUCCAGGACGAAGCCAGGAGGUCUCCGCCACCCUCAACCACUCCCACGAAUCACAAUACGCAUAGCAGCGGUUACAGUAGUAUAUCAAAUAGCGUAGCGGCAUCACCACCUGCCAGCAGGAGGACGCCUACGACAAUUAUUUCCAGCGGGUGUAGUAGUAGCAAUACUACUACCAACACCACGACGACGGCGAUAACGGAAGGAUACCAAGACGGCGCGUUAGCGCUGCAUCGCGUAUUAUGCGCGGAAUCAAAUGCUGAAAAAGAACGUCGGUUAGAUGAGAUGAUCAAGCAUUUACAGUUGAUACGUGAACAACUUUCACUUGGACAAGAUCAAAAGGCGUAUGCAGGUCAGAUGGCGGUUGAUGCCAAGCAAAUGGAGAUGCAGCGGGUGCAGACAGAGCACCUGAAACGUCAGCAGGAACAAAUGAUUCAGCAUCAUCACAAUAAUCUCCAAGAAUUACAGGCGCAGAUAUCUAAAGGCCAACUAAAUAUGCCGAGCACACAAUCGCUUAUGUUUCUACCAUUUUUGGAGCAGCUUCGUGGUCUGCCUGUUUCUUCGUCGAUGCCUCCGCCAACAUCGACCGCUACCACGGGAAAUAAACAUAUCAAUUCUAUUGCCAAUAUGAUAAGCGGGCAUCGUGAUACGCAGAGCUGGGCAACGGCUCACUUGGCCCAGGUAUCAACCCAGAUGGAGAAGGAACGAUCGCCCACGCCAGUAUCGUCAGCAAUAGCACCAACCGCAGCACCCUUACUAGAUCCUGACGCGCCUUUGAAUCUUACGAAGCCUAAGUCCUGUGCCAACACAUCACCAGGUCAUGAAGGUGCCAGCAGUAGCCAGGAGCAACCACUCGCUGCAACGGCACCCAAGUUAUUUCCACCUGGAUUACCAAUGCCGCGUAAUUACUUGCCCAAUCUUCCCUACGCUGGACUACCACCUCAUCUAGGAUCCAUGUCUUCCCCUAUUAUGGUGAAAGAUGAACCAGGUGGAUCAGCUUCAGCAGCCUCCAAUGCCACAGCAGUAGAAAAACACUUUGCUAUGCAUGGUAUCUAUAGUCUACCAACCUCUGCUGGUUCAAUGGCAGCAUCACCUUCACCACAACGACCCAUCAAACAGUUUUCCCGAGAAGAUGCCAUGUCCGAUGAUCAAGACUUUCUAUCAACCUCUCACUUAUGGCGUGACCCAGGUUACAAAGUCCCAGAGGAUAUUACGGAGAAGGCCAAGAUGGUCCGGCAGCAGAAGCGCGAGAACGAGAACAAGCCACAUAUCAAAAGGCCGAUGAAUGCUUUUAUGGUUUGGGCAAAAGAUGAACGACGGAAAAUUCUCAAAGCAUGUCCAGAUAUGCACAACUCAAACAUAUCAAAAAUACUAGGGGCAAGAUGGAAAGCCAUGUCCAAUUCGGAAAAGCAACCAUACUACGAGGAGCAGUCACGGCUGUCGAAGCUUCACAUGGAAAAGCAUCCAGACUACAGGUACCGGCCUCGUCCCAAGCGAACUUGUAUCGUAGAUGGCAAGAAGAUGAGAAUCUCUGAGUACAAGUCACUGAUGCGGCAACGCAGGCAAGAAAUGCGACAGCUCUGGUGUCGCGAAGGUGGUCCAGAAAUGGGAUUCCUUUCACCAGUUGGUGAUAUGUCAGGACAUCAUCCAGCUGGACCAGGUCCUUCUGCACGACCAUCAGCGUCUCCGCCAACGAUGAUCAAUGGAGCGGGUCCUAGUCAGGAGCACUCGUCAUUCUACUAUCCCCAGGACAGUCUUUCUCCAGGAGACAUGAUGGACUUCUCGCCAGAUAACUCGGGGUCCAUAAGUGGCUACGAUGCCAGUCCCAGGCACCACGAUGAAGAUUGAACAGUAGCUCCGGGUCAGCCAAUAUGGCAACCCGGAGCAUCCAAACUAACACGUGAAUUAUUCUGGUAAUCAGUGUCGAUUAUUUAAAUCCAAGGAUAUAAACUGUGCCAUUGAACAAAAAUUAAUAAGUUAUCAUUUUAAACUGCUGCUACCAAAGUAUUGCGAGUAUGCAAUUAAAGCAGUUUUUUAGGAAAAUUUAUAAUCAAAACAAACUAAUAAAGACUAUAUCAAAGAUUUAUGGGUACAAAGUACUCUUUUUAUUAAAACUGUUUUACCGACAGUUUAAUAAUUACUCUAUCGACUUUAUCGACUUACGGUCACUGGCAGGAGUUGAAAUUUAAGGGUGACUUGGUAGUAAAGUGGCUGAUCGGUAGCGGAUGAAGUAGAUUAGUCUCUUUUAUCGACAAUAAGAUCAAAUAUUUGGCCAAAAGGUAGUUUUAUUCAAUUUCGGAGUCGAUAAAACAGAUUUUUCGAGUUUGAAGUGAUUUGUGAUACUGAUUAGUCACUUUUUCAGAACUUCGGGUCUCUUAAAGGAAAACGGUGGGCUUCCAAUGUUUCCCAGUAGAUAACAAAGGCCACACCUCUUGUUUUACGGCCGGUAAAGCAAACAGGGCAAAUUAUAGGCCUCUCAGAACUUCUGAGUUGGAGAUUUAACCUUCAACGAUCAUUUUGAAAGUCAAUUGACUCCUUAGUUAACUUUAAAACCUUUUCCACGACCGGUAAAACAGAUUUUAAGUCAACUAAGGGUCAGAAAUCGGAAAUUAGAGUUGAAAACUCUUCAAACGUUUACGCAAGUCAACUUCUUGACUCUGGAGCAGCUGCCUCGACCGGUAAAACAGAUUUAUCAACUUUUUCGUCUCCCAACCUUCCCGAUCGUAAGCUUAACCAUUAAAAGUCUUCCUGGGUGUCAAUUGAUCCCCUCCUUUGGCUUUUUGCGGUCGGUAAAACAGAUUGCAAACUCAAUUACCUUCAAAAGUGCAGGCUCAGCUUGAGAAAUUUUCUUUACCGUCAAAGUCUACUUUAAAACCUUCCACGACCGGUAAAAAAAUUCUCAGGCCCUCUUACUCUAGCCUUGAGCUCCAAAAAUCUACUUUACCUUCAGCCGACGCAACGAAUAAAUUAUCGCACUAAAUGAUUGUCUGAUAAAACAGAUUUUUCUGAUCUGACGAUCAAAAAUCUCAGCCGUACGACUUUACCAUCACCAGCAAAUGUACCAACGGUCGAUAAAAGAGAAAAAAAUCCAACAGUCGAUAAAGUACAUAACCGAUAAAAAAUCAUAUUCUUAAGACUCUAUCGUAUGAAAAUCAAUAAUUUUAUCCCUUCCCAAAUAAAAAAAUCUAAAAGUCGCUUUAAUUAAGCAACGUAGUACUUAGCAAUUAUUUUAAUUACAUAUUUUUUUUCUAUUUAUUGAAUCUCGUUUCUAACACAUUACAAAAUGGUGGCUUGGAGCAUGUGAUAAUUACUUAUGUGCCAAAUAAUUAACGAUGAUUAAUUAUCCGAUUGGCUUGAAAUUAUGAUAAAAUCAAUACGUCUCCUUAAACUCACCUUAUUAAAAAUUAAUUAAUUAAACUAAGUUUUUUUUUAACAGUCAGUGCAAUUUAUCGUACCUUGUAUAAAGCGAUUUUUUUUAAUUAAAAAAAAUCAUAAUAAUUUUUAUAAUGAGCCAGUAUCCGAUCGUCGAUUUUUAAAAAAACCGACCGGGGAUCGCUUAAUGUUGAUAUUUAUUUUAUGUAUAUAAUGGAGUUAAUUAGAGUAAUUAAUAUAGGUAAUUAAUAAAAAUAAGUAAAUUAAUUAAUUAAUUAAUUGAACUAACAAGAUUGUUUUUUAAUCGCCAUUUAUUAUUAUUGUACAGUGUAAUAUUAAUUGUGAUGGACUAUGUAUGUGUAGUUACUCAAUUCUAGAUAUUACUGUUGACAAUUAACGUUUUUUUUAUUAUUAUUAUUAUUAUUAUUAUUAUUAUUAUUAUUAUUAUUAUUAUAAUUAAUUAAUUAAUUAAUUAUUAAAAAAAAAUAAAUAAAGUUAUGGGUCUUGUUGAUUUUUUUCAAUCUAUAGGCUGUAACUUGGAAUCUAUCAACCUGAGGUAAAUUUUUGUCGAGUACUUUUUUGUAGGAAAUUUAAUGAACUACAAAAAAGUACUAAAAUACUUUUGCGAUAUUUUCGAUAGAUAACGAGAUAUGAGUGUUUAUAGAUUGAAAAAA